AUGCGGGUCUUCAACAUGAGCAGCAGAAUAAGUCCGUCAUUCAGAGACCUUCUGGAUUUCACAGACCAGAGCAGGAUGGAGGAGCACCACACCGACAACCCCGUUAAAAGAGAGGAAUCAGACUCACCCUCUGCUACCAGCGAUGCACAGAAACAAACAGGAGGAAAAGGCCUCAAACGUCACCGUGGUCAGCGAUGUGACGAAGCCUUCACCACAUCAAAAGAUUUAAAGAUUCAUGGAGCUCAAACACCAGACAAACUUAACAGCUGUGAGCAAUGUGGCAAAGUGUUCACUACCGCCUAUUAUCUAAAAAUCCAUCAACGGAUUCACACAGGAGAGAAACCAUACAGCUGUGAGUAUUGUGGGAAAAGUUUCACUCUGGAAGGUACUCUAAAAAACCAUCAACGGAUUCACACAGGAGAGAAACCAUACAGCUGUGAUCUUUGCGGGAAAAGUUUCACUCUGGAAGGUAAUCUAAAAAGCCACCAACACAUUCAUACUGGAGAGAAACCGUACAGCUGUGAUGAGUGUGGGAAAAUGUUCGCGGUAAAGGGUGAUUUAAAAAAACACAGGGUCAUUCACACUGGAGAGAAACCGUACAGUUGUGAGCAGUGUGGGAAAACUUUCACUUCAAGCAGUGCCUUAGCAAAACACCUACGCAUUCACACUGUAGAAAAGACAUACAGAUGUGACCAAUGUGGGAAAGCUUUUCAUCAAGCGGGUCAUUUACAAGGCCACAAACUGAUUCACACUGAAGAGAAACCAUAUGGCUGUGUCCAGUGUGGGAAGACUUUCAGGACAAACGCUCAUCUAGUCAGGCACCAACGUAUUCACACUGGAGAGAAACCAUACAACUGUGACCAGUGUGGCAAAGCUUUCAAUGACAAUGGAAGCCUUACAUAUCACAGACGCCUUCACACUGGAGAGAAACCGUACAUUUGUAGUCAAUGUGGGAAAGCUUUUGCAGGGCUGAAGUCAAGUACUCGCACCAGUAAACUGUCCCAGGGAACGGUUACACUGAUGCUACAGGAGGAACCAGCUGAUCCCCAGUCAGCUCCACACUUCCUGGUUAGUCUGGUUGUGUUCCUCGUCAGCUUCCAUCCAGCAGAGCUCAGAGAGACAGACAGACUAGGCUGA